UAGUAUUUUUAUUUAGCAUGGUUAAGAAAAGACAAAAAAGAAGAGUAGCAAAAGAAAGGAAAGAAAACACACACACACGUGUUUAUACUCCUGUGCCGGCAGGUGGCGCAGUAGAGGUGAGCCGCGGUGCUGCAGUACAGUAGUGCUGAACUGCAGAAACUUAGAGAGAGAGAGAAAAGAGAGAGAGAGAGAGAGAGAGAGAGAGAGAGAGAGAGAGAGAGGCGGAGACGCUUCAGCUGCUCCUGAUGAUCGAUUCCUCAGACUGGAGGUGAAAGUCUCCUCCUGCAGAAGCGGCGCAGAUCCGGAUCUUUCUCUCUGGAUAAAAUCAUCCGGAUUCAGCGCUCAGACUGCGGGACUCUCUCUCUCUGUGUGUCUCACCUGCACUCAGGCAAACAAAAUCUACAUGCACUGAAAUGCAGCCCAACAAACCAUUUUGAGCUGAAGGACCUCCAGUGGACUCUGAAGCCUCAUCUGCUACCUGGUCCACAUGACUGAGCAAUGCAGCAGCCGUGAGCAGCAGAACAACACCUGAGAUCUUGGUUAAAACAAGAUGUCAUCAGCUACUGAAAAUGGAGUUGGGGGGUCCAGCAAUACAAGCAGAGAGAAAACCUACAAAAAGACAACCUCCUCAGCUUUAAAAGGGGCGAUCCAGUUGGGCAUCGGGUAUACCGUUGGGAAUCUGACCUCAAAACCUGACCGAGAUGUUCUCAUGCAGGACUUUUAUGUGGUGGAGAGUGUGUUUCUGCCCAGUGAAGGGAGCAACCUGACUCCUGCCCACCACUUCCCAGAUUUCCGCUUCAAAACGUACGCACCGCUGGCCUUCCGCUACUUUCGGGAGCUUUUUGGAAUCAAGCCGGAUGAUUACCUGUACUCCAUCUGUAAGGAGCCCCUGAUCGAGCUGUCGAACCCGGGGGCCAGCGGCUCUCUCUUCUACCUGACCAGCGACGACGAGUUCAUCAUUAAAACCGUGCAGCACAAGGAGGCCGAGUUCCUGCAGAAGCUGCUGCCAGGCUACUACAUGAACCUCAACCAGAACCCCAGGACUCUCCUGCCCAAGUUCUACGGUCUGUACUGCGUUCAGUCGGGGGGGAUCAACAUCCGGCUUGUGGUUAUGAAUAACGUCCUGCCCCGCUCUUUAAAAAUGCACUACAAAUACGACCUGAAGGGCUCCACGUAUAAACGCAGGGCGUCUCGAAAAGAGCGGGAAAAGCCCUGCCCAACGUACAAAGACCUGGACUUUCAGGACAUGCAUGAAGGCCUUUACUUCGACACGGAGACCUACAACGCCCUCACCAAGACGCUGCAGCGAGACUGCCGGGUACUGGAGAGCUUUAAGAUAAUGGACUAUAGUCUGCUGCUAGGAGUUCACAUUCUCGAUCAGAGCCUGAGAGAAGGAGACGUGAGCGGGGAAGACGGGAAGCGUCCUGUAGGCCAAAGAGUCCUGUACUCCACCGCCCUGGAGUCCAUCCAGGGUGACGGCAGAGUAGCCGAGGCCAUAACCACAGACGACACGAUGGGAGGCAUCCCAGCCAGAACAAACAGAGGCGAGAAGCUGCUGAUUUUCCUGGGAAUAAUCGAUAUUCUGCAGUCAUACAGGUUCAUCAAGAAGCUGGAGCACUCCUGGAAAGCCCUGGUCUACGAUGGUGAUACGGUAUCCGUACACAGACCCGGCUUCUACGCAAACAGAUUUCUCAAGUUCAUGAGCACCAGAGUCUUCCGGAAGAUUCAGGCAAACCGUUACUCUCCGUCGAAGAGAACUCGUAACUCCAUAGUCCCUCUCAAGUCUUCCUCUCAGGAGCUUCUCUCCAGUCCGAAGGAGGAGAAGGUGGAGGAGAGACCGGACCGGCUGAGUGGAGCUCGCAGUCUGGCCAGUCUGGACGGACACGUGUUCGGGUCUUAUCAGCGGCCGGACCUGGUGGCCGUCACGCCGUCGUUAGGAGAAGCUUCUUCUGUGGGAACCUCCGUCUCCUCUUCCUCCAUGUUCGUCAGCGACAGAUACCUGGAGGCCAGAUCAACUGACAUAUGUGACAUUGGCUCCUGUUCUACUUUUACGCUGGAGGACAGCGCCAUCUGCCUGACGUCUGAGCAAAGCACCAUAGACAUGGACCGAGACGAUGGAUCAGUGCUGGACGUUUACUUAUAAAGUGGCGUGAGAGGUGCUCAUCAAAUCCUUCCUCAUCAUCCUUCAUCGCUCAUGUCCUGAGCGCUUAUCCUCCAAGCUGCUCCGGGAUUUUACUGUCCUGACUUCUACUGACCAAAGAGAUCAGAGAACAGCCAGCUGUCAGUCAGCGGCAGACGGAGAAAAAGACAUUCCUCAACAAGACGUUUCUCCUCCUUUCCCAAGAAAGUGUAUUGGGAGAGGCUGUGCUUUACUAGAGGCCGGAGGCUGGACGGCCUGAUUCUGCAGCCCAGGGGCCAAAGCAUCCACAAUCAUCACUUACUUACUGUGCGUGAAUGUGUGUGUGUGAAUGCCUGAGUGUGUGUGCAUGAAUGAGAGAGACUCAUGUGGUAAUGGUUUGUGAUCUCACAACUGAAAGGCUGCUUUGCCUAGAACAGAGCUUCGUGUUCCUGCAGAUCUACUGCUGUUUGGUUCCUGCAUCCUGUAGGAUCUCCACAGCCUCUAAGAUCAGACCGAUCCUCGUCAGGACUAGACCUGUCAUGAUAACUUGGAUGAUAACGUUGGUUUUUUGUUUUUGUUUUGGACACUACAUGAAAAAUUCAUUAGGUCAAAGGCAUAAAACGGCGAUAAAACUAUAAUAAUAUUGUUUAGUGCAGUUGUAUGUAUUUAUGUAUUGUAUUAUUUAUUUAUUAUAGGCAUUAUGAAGAGUUCAUUUGCAAAAAAAAAAGACAGAUAAAGGCAUGUUUCAAAAAUAGCACCUAUCUGUUUUUGCAAAUGAUUGACUUGUCAUAUUGAUGACAUCGUCGCUGUCCAAUGAAAAACAUUUCUAUUGAUCCGUUCAUCAAGAAAUUUUAGCACAGUGUAAGGGACAGUUUGUCUGUUCAAAUGAUGUAGUAAACUAAAAAAUAGACAAAAAUGGAGAUAAGUGUUUUUCAUAGGACAGUGACGAUAUACACUAUAUCAGCAAAAGUAUUUACUCAUCUUCCUUCUCACACAUAUGAAUUUAGCGACGUCCCAUUCUUAAGGCUUUCCACAAGGUUUAGGAGUGUGUUUAUGGUUAUAUGCAUUUUUGGUCAUUCUUCCAAACACUUCCAGAAGUUCCAGAGGUUUGUCAUCCCAACAGUGUUCCAUCAGGGUAAUUUCAGGACAUUAACCUGAUGAAGGCCUGUCAGGUUCUUCCACUCCAAACUGGCUCAUGUAUAUGUUGUAAUGAAGCUUGUUUGUGCCCUAGUGAGCAGUAGUCAUGUUGGAAACGAUGAGAGCCCUUCCUCAAACUGUUUCCACAAAGUUGGGAGCAUUGAAUUGCCCAAAAUCUCCUGGUUCAUUAUUUUUGAUUGGUGAGUGAAUACUUUUGCCAAUAUAGUGUAAUUGCAGUAAACAGCAUUAUUGUGUUUAUGACCAUUUUACACCUUUGACACAAUGAUAAUGUAAAAACACACAUUGGACUUAAAUCU